AUGCUUCAAUUGCUGCUAUUCGCCUCGUCCCUGUUCGGCUGUUGGGUCCAGUGCGCGACGGCGGCGUCGGCGGUCGCGUCGCCGUGCGCCUCGCUCAUCGAGCCGUCGUCGUUGGCCGUCGAGAAGCCGUUGUCGAACGUGCGCGCCGCGCGCGGCUCGCCCCUCGUGCUCACAUGCGCCUUCUUCGGCUCACCGCAGCCGUCGAUCGCGUGGUAUCAUCGCGGCCGCAAAAUCGAUUCGCACUCGAGUUCACCGUUCUCGGCCAUCCUCGCCAAUCGUCAAUUGUCGCAGACGAUCGUUGAGUCAGAAUUGCGCAUUCCGUGCCUCGACGAGUCGACCAUCGGCGAAUACUUUUGCGAAGCCGUCAGCGAGUGCUCGCCGCCCGUCGUCACCCAUUCGCUCGUCACCAUCGCCGCCAACACCGACGCCGUCGAGUGCCCGUCGCCGUCGACGCCGACGCCGCCCAUCAUCGCCGCGUUCACGAUGAGCCGCAUCGAGUUGCCCGAAGCGGUGUCCGAGUUGGUGUGUCGCGCGCGCGGCUCGCCGACACCCCGCGUCCGAUGGUAUCGAAUCGGCGACGACGACGAGAUGACACUGACGCCCGUCGAGCAGUCCGACCAUAAUCUGCUCUUGCCCAACGGCGAUCUGCUCGUCAUCGGCGACGGCACCACAAUCAGCGAAUCGUACCGCUGCGUCGCCGAGAAUCCGUACGGCACCGCGCACAAGGACACCGCCAUCAUCUACAUGAGCCCGUGA